GUAUUACGAAUAUGUGGCCAGUCAGGAGUGUGUUCUCUCAUUAGAUUACGAAUGUGUGGCCAGUGAGGAGUGAUGGGAGGUACGACAUUCAAGUGACGAAAUUCAUUCCAAAUGACGUCAAAUCAUCACCUGCGCUUGAAUAGGACCUUCGAGAGAUUCAGCUAAAGUUAGGACAAGUUGGAAUGAGUUCACAGACGGAGAGUUCCGGCGUAGGUCCAAAAUAGAUGAACUUACGUGAUGCCCACUCUGGCGAAUCUGCAGUUUCAGAACCUCGCAUCGAACUCGGAGCCAGGUCUCAGCUGAGUCCUUCACGGAUUCAGUGGGAUGGGGACGAACAUGUGCAAAUAUCUCGAAGAGUAACGAGCCCGGAAGGCGACGAGAACACGGCAGGGAGACUGGGCCUACACUCGGACACGAUCGGACCUGCACUCUCGUUUGUCUGAGCAAUCGUCGAGACAAGCGAUCGGGGCCUUGUGUCAGGUGUCAGGUGUCAGGUGUCAGACAGUUGAAUCAGAACGAGGACUCGAAGGCCAGGGGGGUGUAGAGGAGUCCAGGUCGAUUUGUGUUGCGGGGGGAGGGUUGCUUUCGAAGGACAAGAGCGAAAGUGACGUAAUUAAUAGCAGCUCGUGAAUGCACGGAUUGUUUGGUUUGUACGAGUGGGGAAGUGAAAUCGUGGCAGAAAUCGAGAGGCCCACAGAGUGCUGUCACCACCGAUCGAGCGCCAUGGAGCAAGGGGCGAAAGAGAAACGGGAUCUUCCUCUAGGCCUCAGAGACUGCAGAGCCGGACCGAAGCCGCACGUCUGGCUGAUGCCUUAUUGCAUACCCAGCCAUGCCAACGCUUUCUAUCACUUGGGCAGGCUACUCGCUUCGCAGGGAGUGACGGUGACCCUCCUCGCGGCGGCCAGCGAGAUUGAACGACUUCUCGAGCUCGAGAGUAGACUGCCGGUCUCCUCGAGACGAGAUGGACUGGAUUUCCAUCUGAAACCCGUGAGUGACACCGAAGUGACCUUCGGUGAUGGUAUCGUGGACCUGGAGAUUCGAAUCAAGUACUACAUGCGAACUGAAGCCGACUUUUCAGCAGUUUUGAAGGCCAGCGUGGAGCAUGGAUCGCCUCCGACAUGCAUUCUUGCAGAUUUCUGGCUCACAAAAACACUGGAGACGGCUUCUCAGUGCGGAAUUCCAGCUUUCAUCUACUCGUUGUUCUCAGCUAGUCUCCUCUCGGCUGUCAUUUACGUCCAGCGACUCGAAUCCGCAGGCAUUCUGAAGCUGCCAGGAUAUGAGAGUGCAGAGAGCUGGGAGGAGUUAAUCAGUCUUCCAGGUCUGUCAAUGACCCGCAUUGCCGACCUUCCGGAGCCGUAUUUGGCAGACCAUCACAUGCGUGACAUGACUAUGGACCACGGAACUUAUUUACAAAAGGCUGAGGUCAUCGUCUUCAGCAACUGCAGAGCCAUGGAAGGUGGGCCUUUCCGCGAGUUCCAAAGGAUCCUGAAGGCUUCGCCUCACCGAAAGAGCACGAAGAUGCCAGAGAUCUUCCAUGUGGGACCAACUUUUCUGGAACAUUAUUCCCUGGGCCCUGGAUCCAAAGAGAAAGAAAUUGGGGAUCAGGAAAGACAUCCCAUCCUGAAAUUUCUCGACACUCAUUCUACCGACUCGGUGAUCUUCGUGGCCUUCGGUCUUGUGUCUACUUUAAAACAAGAACAGAUCCUGGAGAUUGCCUAUGGACUGCAGAACAGUGAGCAGCCAUUUGUGUGCGUACUGAAUCCUCCCUCGAGACUCCCAGGCUCAGACUUCAUCGAUCUAUUCUCAGUAAUACCUCCCGACUGCAUUGCUCAAACAAAGGGGCGAGGUUUGUUUGUGAAAUUCGCACCUCAACUGCAAGUUCUUGCGCAUCCAUCAGUCGGAGGAUUCCUGAGCCACUGCGGCCAAAACUCCAUCAUGGAAAGCCUCUACAUGGGAGUUCCUAUAUUGGCGUGGCCUAUAUUCAUGGACCAGCCCAUCAAUUCCAGGUGGUUGGUAAGUGAGGCACAAGCCGGCCUGGAAAUUUCAAGAGAACGCGCUCAAGUUGUGGACAGAAAAGAAGUGGAAAGAGGAGUGAGGGCCUUAUUCCAAGGCGAUGAAGGCAGAUCAGCAAGAAAGAAAGCUUUGGAGAUGAAACAAGUGAUCCGAGAAGCUGUUGGAGAAAACGGAUCCUCUGUAAGGGAUUUGGAGGCGCUUGUCGCUCUCAUCAAAGGCUUGUAAAUCCAUAGAGCACGACUCAGAUGAGGAAUGUAAGGAAGCUGGAUCGAAGUGUCCUCUAUAGUCGCGAGGCGGACUCAUGAAGCUUGGAUCAAAGAAUUGAUCUCUCCUGCAACUUACUGGAAAGGCUAAUCAUACGAAAGUCAUAUCUCAUAAUCAUAAUCUCUUGCGGGUUUCCAAUGGAAACCCGCUUAGCAAGAGAUCAUAUCUCCAACAGAAAUGCAAAUAAUUGGAUAUCUCUAUGUAACAAACCAGUAACAAUAUAUAUGAGUCCGUCUCAGAUCUUCGCAGCAGAGUAGAAAAAUCUCGAGAGAUAUUUCUUUCAUGGGUUGUGCGAGGUGUCACCCACAUACAUUACAAGAGGUAAAGUUUCGUCAUAUCCAAUCGGUUAACUCUUGAAGUGAUAUGAAUACAAGCGUACCAACAAAGUGAUCAUCACUUCAUUAGGUAGUUUCCCUUGUUGGCAAUGUACUAAGAGUCACAGCACACGCAAAGAAACCGCUUUGGCUGUAUGCAAUUUCGUAGACAUUAAGUCCAUGAAAACUAUUUACAAUACGAAACUCUGAGUCCCUGGUCCAGUCAAUAAGUCGCCAUCAAUGCAUUCUCCUCCACUGUACUUGUACCUCAUACUUCAAUAAGCACGAAGGCCGAAGUUUACAGCAAGAGUGAACAUGUCCGGCUAUAUGUACUGUAGAUAUACAUUUCAGUCUAUGCAAGUGGACUCUUACCGCCCAUCAUAGCCGUGGUGCCAUGGAGGUUACAUGGCCAUCCUUCAUUGGCCUCUCUUUGUUAGAAUAUAUUUCAGUAAUGUAGUUUGUAUUUAACAAACAUGAUUUAGAUCAAUGUAUUAAUAUUUUCUUGAAAUAUUUUUCAAAUAUUUCACUUCCAAGCUUUUUAAAAAUUUCACCUU